AUGUGCGACACUCCUCGAUCCGAGAGGGAGCUGAGCCUGACCCGUUUCAGCACCCCAGUCCCGGAGCUGGACGAUCACCGCUUCCAAAUAGACAACCGCAUCGAGACCCCUUUGGGUCAGCCCCGAGGAUACGGAGAGACACCCGAGCGGGGUGGUAUGUCACCCAUGCUCAAUGCUCAUCAUGAGACCGGCCCCUUUUUCAGAGAUUUUGAACAGAUUGGGGUCGAUGAUAACCGGUCCGCGCACGGCGUAAACGUCAUGGGCCGUGGCUUCUCGAUCGACCCAACUGCCGAGUUCCACUCCCCGCGUCGCAUCAGCAAGGUUCCUCAGGAUAUCCUCAACGGCAACAUUUCCCGACCUUCAUCUGUCUCAUCGUCUGCUCCCAACUCUGUCGAGGCUUUUGCCGAUCCGCGCCGUCGCGAGCGUGCCAACACCCUUGAAAGCCAUGUAGCUCCUCCGGACCUGGAGGAGAUCUUGCAGCGCACUGUCUCGGGUGGUACCCAUUCCAGACGCCCGACAUUCAGUCAUACCAGUGCUGUCCUGCCACUGCCUGGUGAUGUCUAUUUCGAUGGUCAAGAUAAGGUGCUAGGUUACAAUACACCUGGUCGCAUUCCUGUUAUCGACUACGAGGAGCUGGAGGAGUUUGUUGCCAUCAGCCAGAAGAACAAGGCUGCCUGUGCCACGGGUAACCGUCGCAAGUACAGUAUGAGCUCUCAGAGCAAGCCUCGGGUAUUUCGUGACCUUUAUCAGGGAGCCAAAAAUCCAAAUGUGGACGAGCUCAACAAGUCCGACUCAGCUAAUUCGUCAGACACCUGCCAGGUAUUCAACGACUCGGAUAGUACCAACGAGGUUGUUGAUGAAAAGGAGUUGGUCGAGACCCUCUACAAUGCCAACGAGCCCACUCGAUUUGGGUUCUUUUCGUCCGAGUCCCAGACCACUGUUCACGCUGCGGAGCUGGGAGAUCUACUCCUCCCAGGUGAUACUUUCCGAGACCUUUUUCAGCUGGGCCCUGAGGGUGGCGUGUGGUGGAUGGACGUCCUCAACCCCACUGAAGAAGAAUUGCACGCCCUGGCUGGAGCAUUCUCCAUUCACCCUCUGACAACUGAGGAUAUCAUGACUCAGGAAGCCCGCGAGAAGGUCGAGCUUUUCAAACAGUACUACUUUGUCUGUUUCCGCACCUUUUACCAGAUGGACAAGACCAGCGAGGAAUUCCUGGAGCCGGUCAACAUUUACAUGGUAGUAUUCCGAGAUGGAGUCCUGACCUUCUCCUUUGAGGAAAACCCCCACGCUGCGAGUGUCCGUAAGCGUAUUGGAAAGCUGCGUGACUACGUUUCUCUCAGCAGUGACUGGAUUUGUUAUGCCAUGAUUGACGACAUUGUGGAUAGCUUUGGUCCUGUUAUCCACGAAGUUGAGGUUGAGUCCGAGGCAAUUGAAGACCAUGUCUUCAUCGCCCGGGUAGAUGACUUCGAGUCAUUCCUACCGCGGAUUGGUGGUCUGCGGAAGAAAGUUAUGAGUUUGAUGCGCCUGCUGGGUGGCAAAGCGGAUGUCAUCCGUGGAUUCUCCAAGCGCUGCAAUGAGGGUUACUCGAUGACUCCGCGUGGUGACAUCGGCCUAUACUUGGGCGAUAUUCAAGAUCACGUCGUGACCAUGAUGUCCAACUUGGGUCACUUUGAGAAGAUGCUGAGCCGAUCGCAUACUAACUACCUGGCCCAACUCAACGUCACCAACCUGGCGCUGGGCAACCACGUCAACAAGGUUCUAAGCAAGAUAACUCUCCUUGCUACUAUCUUGGUUCCUUUGAACUUGAUCUCUGGUCUGUUCGGUAUGAACGUCAAUGUACCAGGGAAGAAUGCCGGUGGCUUGGGUUGGUUCUUCGGUAUCAUGGGUGUGAUGGGAGCUGUCGUCGUGUGCCAACUGACUGCAACGGCCAUCAUAAUUCUCUCUGUCCUAUUGCUCGGUAUCAUACCGACUACCUACGCCGCAGAUGUCCGAAUCGAUGGCCUCGAAACAGACAAUGUGAACAUUGGUGGGGUCAGCAUCGAUGGAGCUGGGUUGUCACACGUCUUGAACUCGUUCAAUGGGCUUGAGCUUCGAGGUGAUGUGCUAGUGGAAGGAGAAUCUGUUGGGCUGGAUCUGGUGCGAAGAUUACCCAAUGACGCCACCGCUCUAUCGAACAACCAGUUCAAUACUAAGACAAUCUCCAUGGGGGAUGUACAGUGGUGGUUCAUCACCAAGGAAGUGGUAAAUGGGAAGCAUGCGCCUGCAGGUAUAGGAUUGCCGUCAUACAUCAACUCUGGCGGAAAGACUGAGUCCUCAUAUGUGGUGGAUGAGCUUCGGAAAAGAGGCGAGGAGCUAUCGAAACGUUCGACCAGUGUCUAUUUAACGUUAACGACGUGCAAAAUCAAUCCUGCAUCCAGUGACAGUUACAUACCGGGCUCUUUUCCUCAACUGGAAGUCUACGUGUCAACAUCCCAGACGCUGCAAGAACCUGGUCCUGGCAAGGACAGCUCGAAACAGAACAUGACUACUUCAGAGGAAGGAUAUCUGGGAAUUGAAUUCACAGCCAGUGGAGAUGUUUUCAUCGGCGUUGCGGCACCUAAUACAACAACCUACAAUGGCACAAUCGAGUACCAGAUUGCGGCCUCGAUCGAUGAAUAUUUCCAGAAGACUGUAGAUAACGACCCCUUUCUGUACUUUGUCGAUUCAGACCACUCUGCCGCGCUCCUUGUGACGAACAACCUGACGCAAUCAGAGCCCUCCUCGUCCAAUUACCAGCAGUGGAUGAAUAUCACGCCGCCUUACACUAUGUUCGCCCACAAUAUCAACAACACCGCUCUGACAGGUCUAUCGCGGUCGUACUGUGCGCUAGACAAGGAGCUGGACCGCCAAAAUGUAGAUGUGAGUAUGACCAGCCGAGGACUGGGCAACAAGCCCAAAGAACAAUUCUACAUGACUGGGCUCAAUAGCAGCUCCACGUACACGGGAAUUUUGGCCAUGGUGGGCAACUCUACAGGCCACUCGGGGAACAGUGUUCGAGGUGGCGGUGGAGUGGUAUGGAAGUCGAUGAAUUUCACGACAAAAACAGACAACAAUUGUGCUGUCUUGUUCAACCUCGACUUCUGUUCGGAAGUAGCCUACGCAGUCCCAUCCAACCCAAAUGUAUCAACCUCAGAAAUGCGCCAAAUCUACGACGACCACGCGAAAAGAUACUUCACGAACUUCAGUUACUCCCUGCAACAAAUCCAGUGCAACACCUCGCAGGAGUCGAUGUACUCACUAGCCGUCAACUGCGACGACUGCGCAACAGCAUAUAAGCAAUGGCUCUGCAGCGUAACCAUCCCACGAUGCGCAGAUUUUACCAGCACCGCAUCAUACCUCCAGAUCCGCAACGCGGGUCAAAAUUUCAUCAACGGCAGCGCACUGCCAGAGGAUAGUGCAUUGCGCCAGUCCGUCGUAACGAACCAGUCGCGCAAUACCCUGAUAGACACCAAUAUCAAACCGGGUCCGUACAAGGAGAUUUUACCUUGUUCAGACAUCUGCUACAACAUGGUAAAGAAAUGCCCGUCUGCAUUGGGAUUCGGGUGUCCCGCUGGAAAAUGGAUGAACUCAUCUUAUGGGUUUCGGGAUCCGAAUGGGGAUAUCACUUGUAGUUAUCUUGGUGCUGCUUACUAUCUGAGUGUUGGGGCCAGGCUGGGAAACUGGGGGAAUGUCAAGAACCCAGUUCCGGCGGCGGCGGCGCAUCAUCAUGCGCGCGGGAAGCAGCGCGAAGAAGCUGUUUCGUCCGCGUUCCUGAGAGCCGUUUCUUUUGCAGGGCUUUGA